AUGGAGUCUAAACCCGCCCCUCUCGCCGUCUGCUUGACUGUGGUUUCCGUGUUCAUCGCCCAACAUGGAUGGGUUAGAGGACAACUCUUCUUCCCACCUGUGUGUCAGACCUGGAACUCAACAACUGUCGUGUGUAGGGAGAAUGCGUGUCUAACCCAAGUACCUCCCGGCAUCCCCGAGUCUGUCAUCACGGUGGAUCUCAGUUCGAACAACAUAACUAUACUGUAUAACGGCUCGUUUAGUGGGUUAAGAAACCUGAGAUCCUUAGACCUGUCUGGUAAUCCUAUACAGACUAUCGAGGUCGGUACAUUCGCUGGUUUGAAGAAUUUAGAACGUCUUAAACUACUAGCACUUGGCAACUAUCCUCUUCAAAAUGGACUUUUCCAAAAUCUGCGAAACCUGAACUCUCUGACCGUGCGGACUUACACCGAUACAGUCGCCAGCGAGGGAGUGUUCACGGGGUUAUCUAAACUCAGACAUUUAGCACUCUCCGUGAAAAAUAUCAGCAAUUUACCCGAUCAUUUGUUCUAUCUUUUGACUUCAUUGGAAAGUCUAGAGAUACGGGAACUCGCCAUAGAGGCUAACGCAUUUGAGGGUUUGUCACAUUUACAAAGGCUGGAUCUGACGCAGGUCUCCUUGGAAACUUUACACAACAAUGCGUUCAGCGGACUGUCCUCACUCACUCAUCUCAAUUUGACAGGUAACGAAAUUUCUAUUUUACCACCAGACGUGUUUGAAGGACUGUCCUCACUCACUCAUCUUGAUUUGAGCUAUAACAACUUGAUCAACACCGUCAUGCCAUCCGCCUUCCGUGGACUAUCGCGGCUACAAUUCCUGGAUCUCAGUAACAACAAGAUAAAGUAUAUAACACAGAUGACAUUUGAAGGUUUAGGCAACCUUACACAUUUAAACCUGGCAGCCAACAAGAUAGCAGUGAUUGGGGACGCCUUUCAGCGUCUGUACGGGUUGAGGCACCUGAAUCUGAGUAGCAACAGGUUGGCUGUGUUAAAUCAAACAACACUGGGUUCUGUUGUCUACCGGUUAGAGACUAUCGACAUUGCAGACAACCCGUUUCUGUGUGACUGUAAGUUAAUGUGGUUUGUUGAGUGGGCCCUGGAUAAAUACGACAGGGUACCGAACUUCCACAAUUCCUAUCCCGACUUCGGUCGAGGGUACACAUGCUUGACUCCAGCUCAUCUGCGUGGAAGACGUUUGUUAGACGGGCUGACGCAGAAACAACAAUCUAACGUCAUACAGGAUCCAUCAGAACGAAAGUUCUUCGACGUAGACUGUAGUCAUGGAUUCCGCCCCAACCGCCUCCUGGCCUGUGUGCUCGCCUCUUCGGGCAUCUUCGUCGCCAUGACGACCAUUUUCCUGGUCGACUACCACGUCGGUCGUGUUCAGUACUACCUGUGGAUGUUGGCCAAGUGGAGGAGACCGAAGAUUGGAGAAGUAAAGAACCAAGGGCCACCUAGAUACACGCACGAUGCUUUUCUUGCCUACAACAACCGGGACGUCGGCUGGGUUAUACAUCAAGCGAUAGAGAAUCUGGAACCUGACUACAGUCUGGUUUUACACGAAAGGGACUUUGCAGUGGGCGCUCCCAUUGUGGAAAACAUCGCGGAUGCCGUGGAAAACAGCCGGAGAACCGUCUGCCUCAUCACCAGGAACUUCCUGAAGAGUAAGUGGUGCGAGUACGAGUUCCAGCUGGCCCAGUACCACAUGUUUGAGGAGGGGGGAGGGAGGCGUCUCAUCCUGGUGUUUCUGGAGAGGAUUCCUAACGAAAUGCUUAAACAGUUCCGCCAUCUGAACGCCGUAGUAAAGAGGGACACGUACCUGAUGUGGCCACACGACGUGCAGAAAAGGCCGCUGUUCUGGAGGCGGCUGCGAGACGCUCUGGGCGAUCCUCUACCCCGGGACCCAGAGCCUCAGCAGCAGGUACAGGGUCCAGAACGGAACGCUCCGGAACGUAACAUUCCAGAAGAGCUGGGACGGAACAUUCCGGAAGAGCCGGGACGGAACAUUCCGGAACAGCAAGAACAGGCCCCAGUAAGAAACGUUGUGGAAGUGCAGGUCCAUGCUCCCAUGCGGGACAUUCCGGAACUGCAAGAUGAAAUUCUAUUACCAAAUCCAGACGACCAGUGGUUUGGAGAUGGGGAUGACGUGCCCCUUCUACCGCUGUAGAUCAAGAUCAAGUUUAGACAACUUAGGCUCCAGGGCUAGCCUGGGUGCCAGACUUUUGCCAGGGCCAGUAU